UCAACUUUCACUCCUGCGUGGGGAAACUUCUGAAACCUGCCAAACUAAAUCUUUCCCUCCCCGUUUUCUUUUCGUCCAACAACGGCACAGCGUGAUCCCUGUCUACAGACUCCACCGCGCCUAAACCCUGCCCAAAUGAACCUCUCAAGGCUCGACGCGCAGCUAAGGGGGACUUGAGGAGAAUAAAGUGCAGCGUUUAACUGGCAGUGAAGUUUUUGGGGGAAUUGAAGAACUGCACGGAAAGUGAACAAAGGGGAGGAACUGGGCUGAGUGGAUGGACUUCGGAGACGGGACAUAAUCUUAUCUCUCCAUCCUUCUCCAUCAUCCUUUUCUUUUUAACGCGCGGAUGAUAAGGAGUUCGUCUGUUGGCGUGAUUUGGAUUAGUCCUGGUCUUCGAUGCACGCUACAAAUACAUUAGCGACCCCUUUACCUGCCUAGAUCUCGUUGAUCCUUUUGCUAGACGUCUUUAAUCCUUGGCGAGGGCUCUCUGCGGGAUACUGCGCGGUGGUCAAUCGGCGGACGUGUUCAACGGGUCUUCUGCGGGCGCAGUCAUGUGGCACAGAGUUCUGAUUUGCUGCGCACUACUUGCGCUGUACUCGGCGGCACCGCCAGCGCACAUCAACCGCCUGGCUCUGUUCCCCGACAAGAGUGCUUGGUGCGAGGCCAAGAACAUCACACAGAUAGUUGGGCACACAGGAUGUCAGCCGCGGUCUAUCCAGAACAGAGCGUGUCUUGGGCAGUGCUUCAGCUACAGCGUGCCCAACACAUUUCCACAGUCCACCGAGUCUCUGGUCCACUGUGACUCCUGCAUGCCUGCUCAGACCCAGUGGGAGGUGGUGACGCUGGAGUGUCCGGGCAGCGAAGAGACGCCUCACGUGGACAAGCUGGUGGAGAGGAUCUUUCGCUGCAGCUGCCAGUCCUGCAGUAAGGAGGGCGGCCAGGAGGGGGCAGUAAUGCAGCUCUACCCGGCCGAAGGAGCCCAGGAGACGCCGUCCCUCUCCGAAACACUUAGCGGAGUUCAGGCCCUCCCCCAUCCACUCACCGAUGCCCACACCAAGCAUAUCCACUCCCAGAGAGAGCGUCAUCACACACUGCCCCACACCUCAGACGGAGGAUAGGAGCUCCGAUGGGGUUCUGUGCUUCCUCACCACUUUAGAGCUUAAAGUGACAUAUUUUACCACCAGGUGUGAGUGUGGUUAGCCGUUACAAGCAAAAAUAAAUCGGCCUCUUCUGACGUCACAAGUGGGCGUGUCCACCUUGAUGUGUGCUGGAUGGUUCAGUCUACCAGCCUACCCUUUGGACUGUAGCAAACGUUGCUCAUCUAUCCGUCUUAUGUCAAGGUGGACACGCCCACUUGUGAUGUCGGAAGAGGCCGAUUUUCAAUACGGCAUGUAACGGCACAUCACACACACACCUGGUGGUAGAAUAUAUCACCUUUAAGUCUCUAGUCUCUCGACCCUCCCCUCCCCAACGUGUCCUCCUCUAUACCACCCUAUUGCAAAGGCACUUUGAAAAUACAUCUUUACUUUUAUUUUAAAUGCUCACCGCGCCACAUUGUGCUUCAAGAUACAUUCCUCUGUGUGUCUUAUAAAUGUAUAGGCUACAACAUAAAGGACCCACACCAGACGAUCCGUUUUUCUGUGGUGUGUGUACUAUGUCUGUGUGUGUGAAGAUUCACGAGCUAUGUGUUCAUGUGUUUACUACAUUUCCUGUUAAGUUAAUUGUGGGAGCGUUUGCUAAACAAUUAUUUUUACCAGUUUAGCCCUUUUUGUCAGCUUGUUUUAACCUGCUUAAUAAAAUAUAUU